ACCUAUAACCAACCUCAAGCUCCAAAAACUAACUCUUCUUGAAGAUACCAUCAAACAUGUAUGCUUCAACUUCCUUUACUUCACAUUUGCUUCAUGACCUUCUCAUGGACUCAAGCUCAAGAAAGCUACUCCUUCAAGACCCACUUCAUCAAUCAAUCAACGUAGCUGACUUGCCCAAAUCCUCAGAUUCCAUCAUUUACAACUCAACAGACUCCUAUUUCAAAGGUCGUGACUUCGAUGCAAAUGUUGUCAUGAUACUCGCUGUGCUCUUGUGUGCUGUCAUUUGCUCACUCGGCUUGAACUCCAUCAUAAAGUGUGUGUUGAGAUGCUCAAACAUAGUCAUCAACGACCCUUCAACUGUCACCAACUCUUCAUCACGUUUGGCCAACACAGGAAUCAAGAAGAAAGCCCUCAAGACUUUUCCCACCGUCAGCUACUCAACAGAGUUCAAACUCCCAGGUUUGGACACCGAGUGUGUGAUAUGCCUCUCAGAGUUUGUCACUGGUGAUAAGCUACGCAUUCUGCCAAAAUGCAACCAUGGUUUCCACGUUCGCUGCAUUGACAGAUGGCUUAGCUCUCACUCAUCAUGCCCCAAGUGCAGACAGUGCCUCAUUGAGACUUGUAAGAAAAUUGUUGGAUCCCAGCCACCAGUGCCACAGACCAUUGUAAGGAUCCAACCACUAGAACAUGAAGCUUUGGAGCGUAACUAUAGGGAACUAUGCUAGCUAAUUACUCUCGUAUUAGAACCGAUCAACCAUAAUCAAUCCUCAGAUAUAAUGUUUUGAAACUUUCUGUUGCUUUGUUUUGACCUCAAAUGUAAGAUAUACUAGUUAAUUUUUUGUUACUGCAUUCUUUUCAAUGAUAUUAUCAAGUUCUUA